GUGCUCGCCACCGAUCCAAGGUUGGCGGCGUCGGCGAUGGCCGUGCUCUCUGUUGUAAACAUAGCCGUUUUCACGAAUCCGCUCGUGCGGCGCACCGCUCACGUCCACGGCAUCGCGGCGUAUUUGUGCCGCUCCGGCGCGAGUAUUGCCGGGCUGCUCGCUCUGGUCGCGCACGCGGACGCCGAGCACUCGCAAGCGUCGUCUGCGCUAGACGACCCCUACGUCCGGGCCAAGAAGCGCGGCGAAAAAGUUCAGCUCGUCUCGCGCAUUUUGGUGGCCUUCUACUUCCUCUUUUCAGGCGGCUUCCUGUGUCCAUCGAGCAGACGCCGAUGGCGUGGGGGGCAACGCGAUCGAUCGUCUACGCAGGCGUCUUCGCAAGCUCGAGCACGUGGGCCUUCGUCGUCGGCAUCGGCGGCGCCGCUGCGGUGGCGAGUGGAUACAAGUUCACGGUCGCGGCAGGCUUAUUGUCCGUCCUCGUCCUGACGCACGGCAUCGGCUCCUACGCGGCCAAACUCGGCGGACACAAACGCCACCGCGACGCCCUCAUGUUCGUGGGCGCGCAGGACCUCUCGGUCCUCGCCGCGCUGCUGCUCCUCGCGGCCACGGGCCCGGGAGGUCUAUCCGUCGACGCCAAGUACGGGAAAGGCAAUUAA